CUCUGCCCUCGAGACGCGCGCUGAGCUCUGGCCUGUGAGAAAGGAAAGGCUGCAACUAACCUGCUUCCAUAGAUUGACCCAGCUUGGUCGAGCAAUCACGACAAAGCCGCGCGCCGAAGGCCUGCCGCUUUUGAUAAGUCUCCAGGAUCGCGCGCAGCUUGCGCUAACGAAUCGAACAGCAAACAACGCUGGAAGAUCAACUAUUCUAACUUUACAGCCAUGGAUCAGUCCCUCAUUAAGCUCGUAAACAGGCUGCAAGAUGCCUUCAAUACAGUCGGCAUCCAGAACCCAAUCGACUUGCCACAGAUCACAGUCCUUGGCAGUCAAUCGUCAGGCAAGAGUUCCGUCUUGGAGAACAUUGUCGGACGAGACUUCUUGCCGCGAGGAACAGGUAUCGUCACUAGGCGCCCUCUCGUGCUGCAGCUGAUCAACCGACCAGCAGGUGGGGUUGAGGCCAAGCCAAAUGGAGCCGCAGAGACUCUCACCCCGGCAAGUCGUCCUGGCGAGACGAACCCAGACGAAUGGGGCGAGUUCCUGCAUCUGCCUGGCGAAAAAUUCUUUGAUUUUGAGAAGAUUCGGGAGGAGAUCGUCAGGGACACCGAGCUCAAGACGGGGAAAGGCGUCGGUAUCAGCCCUCAACCGAUCAACCUACGCAUUUACAGUCCCAAUGUCCUCACGCUCACACUCGUCGACUUGCCUGGUCUCACAAAGGUGCCUGUCGGAGAUCAGCCGAAGGAUAUCGAAAGGCAGAUAAGGGAUAUGGUCAUGAAGUACAUUUCCCGUCCCAAUGCUGUCAUUCUUGCUGUUACUGCCGCCAAUACUGACUUGGCCAACUCUGACGGGCUCAAGCUUGCACGAGAGGUGGACCCUGAGGGCCUUCGGACCAUCGGCGUUUUGACUAAGGUAGAUCUGAUGGACCAGGGAACGGAUGUCAUCGACAUUCUCUCAGGGCGCGUCAUUCAUCUACGCUUGGGCUAUGUUCCGGUCGUCAACCGAGGUCAGAGGGAUAUUGACUCGAAAAAGAAAGUGUCCGCGGCGCUGGAGGCCGAGAAGGAGUUCUUCCAGUCGCAUCCAAGCUACCGGCCGAAGGCGCAGUACUGCGGCACACCUUAUCUCGCUCGUCGGCUCAACACGAUCCUCAUGCACCACAUCCGCAACACGCUGCCGGACAUCAAGCAAAAGAUCGGCGCGCAGCUUACCAAGUUCCAGACGGAGCUGCAGGGUCUUGGCGGUCCGCUUGGAGAACAGAAUUCGAACAACGUUAUCCUGACCAUCAUCACCGAGUUCUGCAAUGAAUUCAGGUCAGUCAUCGACGGCAACAGCAACGAUCUCAGCGUCAAUGAGCUGGCUGGUGGCGCGAGGAUUAGCUUCGUCUUCCACGAGCUGUUCAACAAUGGCGUCAGGAGUGUUGAUCCUUUCGACCAGGUUAAGGACUCGGACAUUCGCACCAUCCUGUACAACUCCUCUGGUUCGUCCCCCGCGCUCUUUGUUGGGACCACCGCCUUCGAGGUGAUCGUCAAGCAGCAGAUUAAACGCCUGGAGGAGCCGAGUCUCAAGUGCGCGCAGCUGGUCUACGACGAGCUCGUGCGCAUCCUGUCGCAGCUGCUCGCGAAGAACCAGUCGUUCCGCCGCUUCCCGCAGCUUCGAGAGAAAUUCAACACGGUCGUCAUCGCGUUCUUCAAGUCGUGCAUGCAGCCGACGACGAAGCUGGUGUCGGAUCUGAUCAACGCCGAGUCAUCAUACCUCAACGUCGCCCACCCCGACUUCAUCUCGGGCCAAAAGGCCCUGGCGAUCGUCAAUGAAAGGUACAACCCGACCGCACCGGCACCGGCGCCCGCCGAUCCGAAGAAGGGCGGCGCGCCUGCCGUGCCGACGCAUCCGCACGCCGCCGAGUAUGAGAAGGAGCACAACCAGGGCUUCUUUGGCAGUUUCUUUGCACGCGGACAGCAGAACAAGGCGAAGCUUGCCGCGAUGGAGCCGCCGCCCUCUUCGCUGAAGGCUCAGGGCACGCUGAGCCAGCGCGAGCAGUCGGAGCUGGACGUGAUCAAGCUGCUGGUUACGUCGUACUUCAAGGUUGUGCAGAAGACAGUGUGCGACCUGGUCCCCAAGGCGAUCGUGUACGAGCUUGUGAACAAGUCAAAGAGCAACAUGCAGGCAGUAUUAUUGCAGGAGCUCUACGCCUCUGCCGCUGUUGAGGAGUUGAUGCGGGAGAGCGACCAUGUUAAGAUGAGGAGGAGCGAGUGUCUCAAGAUGAUCGGAGCCCUGGAGAAGGCGUCGGAAAUCAUUGCGACUGUCUGAAAACGCCCAGAGGAGAGGAAGAGGAGACAUUGGGGCACAUCCCCGCUCUCGCACGUGCGUAUCGGCUCGAC